UAAACAUAACCAUAACAACAUAACCUUAUCCUAAACUAAAACCUCAGCUAAAACUAUAGGGUAGGGAAGAAACAAGAAAGGUAGAAAUUAAAUAACUGAGUAACUAGACCAGACCCAUUGUUAGAUUGGAUUUAACAGCAUUAUUGUUAGCCAGGCAACUUAGCCUUAUAAAAUAUAAAUCUUAAUCGCUUGAGUUACAAUGUUGUCAAGAUUUGUAAGUGAUAUAAGCUUGGCAGUUUUGAAAUUGGAGAGAAACAUUUUACACUUCCUGCCGAGGGGUACAAUUCAACACGAGCAGCAGGCUGAAGAUUUGUUUGAUGUAAUUGGAAGAAGCCCCUUUAGGCCUACGGCAUUGCCUAAUUUGAAAAGUGAUUCAGUGUUAUGGGCAGUUCCCAAGAAAAGAAAAUCAGUGGAAAAAAGGUUAAACAGAAAGUUUGGUUGGCCGAAUCAGGUUUGGAAGCCUUUAGUCUUAAAGAAAAACCUAGUAACAUGCGGAUCUUGUGGGAAUCCUUUUGAGGCUGAUUGUCUCUGUCCAACGUGUUAUUCAAAAGUCAAAUCAGAAACAGAAGAGAUGCAGGAUGCUAUUAAAAAAGAAAUUGGCCUCAACCCCAUUGACAAGGAGGUGGUGUACAUGUACAAAGGAGAGAAAGACGGGUGCAGAAAUGAUGAUUUUGAAGGUAAACGUAUCAUUGAAAUGCCUAAAACGCGAUCUCAGUGGUUCAGCAAAAACUUGCUUAUAAAAACCACCAAAGUUCUGUCAUCAGCAUCAAGUAUUAAACCAUCUGAUUUGGCUUAAAUUUGUGAGAGACUUGGGCUAGAAUAGAACUAAUUAAUGAUAACCGGUAGUAUUUUUGCAAGAUGGUUUUGUCGUUAAAAAAGGUUUUACCGUACGUUUGCUAAAAUGUUCCUUUCGGUAGACAUUUUAAUAAGCCUAAUGCUUUUAAUUUACAUCUAUCUGAAUAAAUUAAAUUGUUAACAAUGUAAAAUGGACUAAUUAUUAGGUCUAUAACUUAUGGUUAUUUUCACAAUGAAGUUGUAAAUUGUACAUUCUAUGGAAUAAAUGUGUGUUUUUUGA